GGUUUAUACAGAUGGUCGGCCUAAAUUAUCUACUCGUGGAAGAAAAGCAACAGUUAGAGAUUUUUAUGCUGUUAUAUUGCCAUCACUUCAAAGGAUCCAUAAUGACUUUAUAGAGCUUGAUAGUAACGAUGAUAAUCAUGGUCUUCAAAGCAUUAGCAAGAAAAGACUCGAAGGGGACAGUGGGCUUACCAACAUAGAUACAGAGAGAGACGAUGAAUGCGGGAUAUGCUUAGAGCCUUGCACCAAAAUGGUCUUGCCUAAUUGCUGCCAUGCAAUGUGCAUAAACUGCUACCGUAACUGGAACACAAGAUCCGAGUCGUGUCCUUUUUGCCGUGGUACCAUAAGGAGAGUCAAAUCGAGGGACUUGUGGAUUCUUACAUGCAAGGAUGACGUAGUUGACCCCGACAUUGUAUCUAGAGAGGAUUUGCUGCGAUUCUACCAUUAUAUCAGAAACCUGCCCAAAGAUUCUCCUGAUGCCUUGUUCUUAAUACAGUUGCACCAGGGGAGCCACAUAGUUUAUGCUUGUUGAAGUUCAGAGGCGACCCACUUUCACCACAUCCACAGCAUGCUUUAAAGGGUUCUUCAAUCUGGUACUUCUUUGGAUUCGUUAAAAUCGUCAGAGUUAACAGCUGCGGCGCAGCCCAUUUUAUUGAGGUUUUGCAGUGGACACAGGGAGAUGUCCAUCGGGAGGCAUCCCACAGGUGGUAGUCCUUGAACCACAAUAUAUUUUGCUCCAGCAGCCAGCAAUGUCUGUCAUAUAAUGUAAAACUAGGUUAACGAUGUUUAAUGAUUCAUCUUAUAUGAAAAGUCCUAUUUGUCAAGACAGUUGAAAAGCCAAAAGCCGCUUCUAAAACUAAGAAGCAACUUUUGGGUAUGUUUAGAUAAAUUCUGAAAGUGUUUUGUUAGGGUAGAAGUAGAAGCAGAAUCUACCCAAACAGACUGUAAAUCUACUUUACCCU